UAACUCAUGUCCAAAUGUCUUAUUGAAAAUAUUUUAAUUGUUUAUUUCAUUUUAGAAAUGUAAAAUGUUUGCUUUUAGUAUUCAGUUUAUAUCGAGUUUAUUACUUAAUUAUAAAUGUUGAAUACAGCUGUCAGCUUAUUGUGACUAAUUAACCAUUAACAUUAUUCUUUUUUUAUUGACACCAAAUUUCAAUAUGUUGACAUCAAGUGGACUACAGCCAUCCAAUCAUACAUUGAGGCUUGUGGAUAGAGAUCGGUUAGUGGCCCAACGUGUAAGAGUUAUACCUGACGAGAAGCUAAUAUUUAAGACAACAGAAACAGCCAAGCCUCAACAAAAUUUGUUGAACAAUUUUUCUGAUUUGUCAACUGAUUUUGAUAUCAUUCAAAAUUCAAACAGUGUUGAUCUACUUGACUUGGGUAAUAGUCAAAUGUCAACAUUCUUUCGUGAAUUUUCAGAAAAUCAAAAAACACUGUGCAAAGAAGAAAAAAAAACUGCCUCUUCUAACUAUAAGACUAUAAAUGGGUUAGGAUUUUACUAUUGUGAUUCAUGUCCAUUUAUUUGUUUAAAUGUCAAAAUUAUUUUGGAUCAUAAUGAAAAAAAUCAUAUCUUCCAUAACAAUUCACUUAAAUCUCCACAGAGAAUAAAAUGUAUUGGAUGUGAUAAUAUAUUUUCUUCAGUAAAUGUUCUUCGAUGCCAUUUGAUUGAAGACCAUGUUGUCGUUUCUGAUGAAAUUGAUGGAUUAGUUCAACUUGUAAUUGAAGCUAAUAAUGAAGACAUUUUAUACAACAACAAUAAUGAUGAAAUAUCCCAAACUGAAAAUAAUAAUUUAGCAGAUUUUAAUGAUACAAUACUAGAUACUUCUGAGUUUGGUCAUAAAUCACAUUUCAUUGACACUCAAAUCACAGGAGAAAUUAAUUCUGCUGAAAAUUAUCAUUCAAAUGAUACUUGUGAUGAUUUUUGGGAGUAUCAAGAGCAAGCAUCUAACGGACUUCAAGAAACAAACACCAUUGAAGAUACAAAUAUUAUAGAAAAACAUUUGAGGUGUACGAUUGGAAAGUGCAAAGCUAGAUUUGGCACAGAAGACAAUUUGAUGUAUCAUAUAAAGUGCCAUUUAGACGAUAAAUUUAAAUGCAUAGAAUUCGAAUGCCAGUUCACCGAUUCGAAGUGGGUAUCUAUGAUGACACAUUUGUGGAAAACUCAUAGUAUAGACGUAGAAAUGUUCGGUUGCAACCAAUGCGACUUCAAAACGAAUAGUCUGUACAAAUUGAACACAUUUCAUAAAAACAUUCACAAACAAGAGAAACCGUUUCUGUGUUCGAUGUGUAAGAAAGGAUUUAAAUCGAUCAAACAGCUCAGGAACCACAAGGCGAUCCACGUGAAAAACGGGAGGUCGUCGCCAAAGGCCGAGCUGGUGUGCCAGCACUGUUGCCGCAACUUCAGUUCCAAGCCCUUGCUGCACCAGCACAUUGCCAGCGUGCACAUCGGGGUGCGUCCGUACACUUGCAACAUCUGCGGGUACGCGACCGCCGUGGCCAGCUCGCUGAAGCUCCACCAGCGGUUGCACACCGGCGAGAAGCCGUUCGCGUGCGACGAGUGCGGCUUCCGGACCGCCGACCACAACACCCUGCGCAAGCACAAGAUGCGGCACACCGGCCGGAAGAAUUACACGUGCCCGUUGUGCGACUACUCGUGUAUACAGGCCUGUUCCUACAAGAAUCACCUAAAGUCCAAACACCCGGGAAUGGACGACGGUUUCGUAUAUAGCUGUAACAUGUGCAAUUUCAAGACCAUUUGUAAAGAUAUAUACAUGCUACACAUUGUCAAACACAAGGAGGAAACUGUGCACAUUAACGACACAUGUGAUCCAAUCAUCGACUUGGACGAGAUGCUGAAUGAAAAAGAAAAAAUACAGGCCGAAAUUGUUGAACAACCGUAUUAUCUAUUCAACACUAUCAGAGUUAAGCCGAUAAAUACUAUAAACAACGAGACUGUAGAGAACACUAUCUAAAGCUGGUUUCAAUAACGAUGAUAUUAUGUCGGUGGACAAUUUGUGCCGAGGAUUUGUCUCAACAUUUUACUAUAAGAGUGGUUCAAAACUAUUGUCGUUUGAGUAACCAAUCAAUUGUUAGAAAGAUUGACUGACUUUCUAAUAAUAGUUUUAUUAUUUUAGAUUUUAUCAUUAUUUUAUUAAAAAUAUAUAUAUUUUAAUUUUAAAAUCCAAUUGGUUUUUAUUAUUUUUUAAAUAAUACCUUUAUACACACUUACACAAAAACAAUUUUGAAAAAAAAAAUGACAAUAUAAAUAAAAUGCAGGUAAUCAACAAUUAUUAUAUAAUAUAACUCCGUAGUCGAGCUACGUUUGUAUGGCCAAAUCAAAAGAUAUAAUUCAUAUAAAAUAUAUUUACAAAUAAUUAAGUACAUUUUUUGUCGUUGUUUAUACAAUAAAACAUAGGUUUCCAUUAUUAUUAAGGGAGGCGCCAUGUCCGCACUAAAUAUUGUAAAUUUGUUUAUUUUAUUAUUAUCAUUAUUCGAAUGGGAGCUGUUUAAAUUGUAUUCAAAAUCGGAAGAACCAUGUACCCAAAAAUGUUGAAAACCUCUGCUAUAGAAUAUAUUCUCGAAGUCUUUGCAGUUAUCAUAAAAUUACAUUUAACUGUUCUUUAAUAAGAUGUUGUUAAUUAAUUAAUUAUUAUUAUAAACAUACAAAAAAUUGACCCAAUGAUAACUUAACUGAUAGAAUCAUUGAUUAAAGUAGGAUUAUUGUACUGUUAAAAAAAAUCAAUUGAUAAUUUUGACAAUAAC